UAGUGCUUUCUUAUUGGUAUAAUAUUACGAUAAUAAGGAAUACAACAUGGUACAGUUUGGAAAACUUCCGUGAGUACAGAUUCCUUAGCUUCAAGUUGAAGACAAUGCUGACCAUUGAUCGCUUAUCAAAAUAGGAAUCCAGAUGAUAUUCUUUCUUAUUAUCAUUGGCUAUUAUUUGCAAUUCAUAAAAUAAUUAAUGUUGAAACAAAUUGUAUGCAUGGGUACAGGACUGAAAUAACAGGUUAGGAGGGCUGUUUAUUUUGGUUUCUAACCACUGACAAGGGUCUCAGAGGCUGAAAUAUACAGCCUUCCUAGUCUGUUGUUUCACUUCUGUCUCAAUGUGGGCCUUGAAUUAAUCAGUGCUGUGUGUAUAAAAUGGUAGGUAGAAUUAUUUCAAUACAGAGAUAGCAGGGAUAUUGAUUUAAUUAUUUGCCCUUUUUAAUACAGAAACGUCUGUAUCAACGCAGCAUCAGAAGUCGCAUCAAUAGAGAUGACCUGAACAUGCUCUUAGCAUUUACAGUUGGAAGGUUAAAGGAAAGAUUACCAGUGAAUAUUAUGGAACGUGUCAUUCCUGCUUCACAAAAGCCUGGUGUGUUCCUUAGUGACCGAGCAGCCACCAGCCACCAAGCUCUUAUUCGAUCAGACCAGUUGAGUCGUGUAUCAGCCUCGGAACCAUGGAGAGCACAACUGUUGCUUCAUCAUCAGAUGGAUUUAAAUACAAUGGAGAAGAAAACAAAUGAUUGUCGAUAUAAAACUAUUUACGAUUUUGAAAUUGAUGCUUUAACAAUUGUACAUAAUGUUGUUAUCUAUCAAGGAGUUCACAGCAGUGUCGCAGACAUGGCACGGCAGAUGCUGCGAGACUGUCAGUAUGAUCUAAUGGAAUUAGAACAAUGUAAAGACUGCUACCGAAUGUCUAAUGAAAAAUCUGACAAAUAUUGGUUUUGUAAACCUUGUCGACCUCCACAUCAGCUAGUAUAUGCUAAACAAAAGGGAUUUCCAUAUUGGCCAGCAAAGGUUAUUAGAUUAGAAAAUGAACUUUAUGAUGUACGAUUUUUCGGAAGUCAACAUCAGAGAGCUGUUAUAGAAAAGUCUCACAUACGUCCAAUAUCUGUCAAUAUUCAUACACUUCAGGUAAAAAGAACUUCAGCAUGGAAUAAAGCAUGUGAAGAACUAAAAAAACAUCAGGAGUUUCUUUCAAUGAUGUCCAAUCAUGAGCCAGAUCACAGGAAUAUGCGCACAGAUUCAGAUCCUCGGCAUAAAGUUGAUACAUUGUCUCCUCACCAAGAACCUCAACAUCAACACAGAGUUCAAACACAGCUGCUACAAACUACACAGAAGAAGGAAAUGAAGGAUGACGAGAUUGGAAGUGGCAGCGAUGGAGAAGUACAUGAUCCUGAUGACGAUGAUGAUGAUGAUGAUGAUGACGAUGAUGAUGAUGAUGACGACGAUGAUGACGAUGACGAUGAUGAUGAUGAUGAUGAAGAGGAACAUGAAGGUGAUGAUGAGGAAGAAGAUGAGCCAGAAGAAGAACAAGCAUCCUCCAUAUCAUCUACAUCUAAAGCUAAAACUUCAAAGAUAAAAAAAAAAGAACCUCCAGCUCCAGAGGAUGUAGUUUCUUCCUCAAGUCAAGAACUACCAACACAUUCUGUGGGUGUACAGACCUCUACCAGAUUGUUAAAGAUUGCACUGGAAGAAUAUGGUGAAAGAAGCAACAAGAGAACAAAAGACACAGAGAAAGCGAUGAGAGACCUAGCUGACAAGUUAAGACGAGAGUAUGAAGCAGAAAAGCAAAAGGUAAUACAAUCCACAAUGAAGCAGGUAGAGAAGGAGGUGGAUAGAGCUAAGGAGGAGUACAGAGCUAAGAUCUCUGAAAUUGAAGACAAGCACAAACAUUUGGUAUCUGAUACCAAGAAAAAACAGUGGUGCUGGACGUGCGAGGCAGAGGCAAUCUACCAUUGCUGCUGGAACACUGCCUACUGCUCUAUUGAGUGUCAACAAAUUCACUGGCAUAAAGAGCACAAAAAACUCUGCCGCAGAAAGAGCUGCUGGUGACUCAGCCACCUGCUAUGAGGAGCGUCAAGUGUUGCAGAGAUACAGUAGGUGAAGGACACUUGUAAUGGAGCUUGGCUUGGAGAUUGCAGCCUCCUGAUACUCCUCUUGGACACAACCUGCAUACUUCUGGUGACUUGUUUUCUGUUUGCAGAUAGUAUUUGGUAUCAUAUUAUUUUACUGUAAAAUAAUUUGGUUAUGAAUAGUGCUUUUUUCAUGAAGGCAUGUCUUACACAUAGCUGCUAAGUGUGUUAGACAAUGUGAAAUUUACCUCCACCAAAUGUACAGUGCUCACUAGUUAGUCGGUUUUGCAGUGUGUGCGUGUUUUGAACUGAUUCUGUGCUCAGCGAUCAAUCUGCCCGGUCAUGUAUAGAUUUUUUUAUGUGGAUAAAACAAGAAUAUAUAUAAGUGUUGGUAGGAAUAUAGAGAAGACAGCUUGCUGGCAAGCAUAAAAAUUUAUACCCUACCUUCAUUACCAUGCUUAUAAAGUAUAGCCAGGUUAAAUAAUGCACAGAUGAUUAAUGUGUUUGCCAGCAGAUCCACUCAUUGAAGAUCCACUUAAGGAAGUAAAAUUCAGUUGCAUUGUAUAUGUAACUACCAUAUUGCUGACAUGUAAUUGAGUUAACGUUGAUUCUCACAUCUUUCUAUUCACUCCAAGCUGCUGCAGUUAUCCACUGAAGCAAAAUGUUUAUUAAAUAAUGUUAAUUAAUGUCUUUUCUGUUUUUUGAAAAUUAAUUUUCAAGAACAAUACUGUACUUUGUACUGUACUGAGUUGUUCUCAAGUACACCACCUAAUGAUAAAUCUUCUGUGAAGAGUGAUCUUUUGGAGCUGUAGAUUAUUGUGCUUUGGUUUCUUAUAUGUUAUUAUAGAAUAUUGAAGAAUAUAUUGAUUUUAAACUUAUUAAUACAUGUUUAUUUUACAAUAGGCAGCUUUUUGUUAUUUGUGUGUUUGUAAUUACAGUCAUUCUUGGAACUCUAAUGUAUCACCUUUUAAAGUGUAGUUUUGGAGUCACUGUUGUUGACAUUAUGGUACCAUUUUAUUAGAGAACUUUUAUUUAAUGAGUUUUUAGUUAUAAUACAGUAUACAUGCAAUACCUGUACUGUGUUUAGUUUCAACAGAGCAGUAAUAUUUUAUAUCUUUUUUAUUUUUUUAGGAUAUAAUUUGAUUAUAGUAGGUAAUGCUAAAAUAUCUUUUAUCAUAUCUAUAUCAAUUAUUUUUCCACAGUGUAAAAUGGUUCUUUUUAUAGUGCAAUUAAUGGAUGAUAUAAGUUAACACUUUACCCAAUUUCCUGAAGCCAACCCCAUUUGCUGAACCACUAUUAUUCUCCUGGGCAAAAUAAUUAAAGGAAAAAUAUAUCUCCUUGGGGUUUACAUGACAAUCUGACUAGAUAUAAGCAUUUCAUAGCAUAUACUACAAUAUUCAAGACCACAUAUAGUAACCUCAAAAUUCAAAGUGUGAUAUCACUUAUAUGUAUGGUGUGUUAUCCUAAUUAAUAUAACAGGAAUCCUUUGAUUUAAUGUUAAUGAUUAGAAUUAAUAUUUUGUUAAUAUUUGUUAACAUAAUAGCAUUUUGAUUUAUUAGUAAUUGUAGUUUAAUGGGAAAUAGAUGUUUUGAAUGUAACUUCAAAUUGUUUAAAGAUAAAAAACUGGGAUUAAUGCAUAUACAUGGGUUUCUGAAUUAGCAUACAGUAUUCUGUACCAUAAUAGAUAUCUAACACCUCUCAACAAUAAAUAGCUUAGCCUAAUAAGAGAGCUACUAGUUUAGUAGCAAAUAUAAGAUUAUCAGUGUUCAUGCAAAGAGAACUUGUCAUACAUAUGGAGAGUAAUGAAGGCAGCUUCAUAGUGGCUCACUGGGGAAAACUCAGGUGAAAUGCUACUUGUGUUUCAAGUCAAACAAUAUCAUUGUUAUUAUAUGCUGAAGAUUUUGAUUAUGAGAAAAUUAAAGAAUAUUUAAAUUUUGCAAUACUAACAUGUGUUUGAUUAAAGGCAAGUGAAUUUUGGUCUCAUUUUUUAUGGUGGGCAAGCUUAGCCAUGGCCUGUAACAGAGAAGAAGAAUCAAAAUAGUAGUUGGUAAGCUAUCCAUAUAAAGCUUUAAGAAGAGCAGAUUUUUUUUUUCAAAGAUAGUGAUGGCAGCUGUAAAGGAUGUAAGGAUAAGCCUUGUGCUUUCAAAGGUUUCACUUUCAUUUUAGGUAAAGCUGUAGGCUGUAUCAGUUGACACAAUAUAUGUACCCUACAGUGUUCAUCAUUAAAGUAUACUGGGGGAAACGCACCAGGUGUAAUUUAAUGUUCACAUUUAUUGACACAUUUGUCAAUGCCAGCUGAAAGUGGGACAUCUCAGGACUCCCUAUGGCUACUGGGUGCAUCCUAAAUGCCUUCUAAGCUUGUGUUGUGAAUGGUUUUUAUGUCCAUAGUCUCCAUGUACCAUGUGGUCUUGAGGGCUGAGCUUGUCAGACGUUUUUGGCUAUUGAUGAAUGAAUAUGGGCAGGAGUAGGUCUCUGCCACGAGACAGUUGCAGAGGUCAUUGAAUUACAUAAGCAAGCCAUCAAAUGAAAGAAAUAGUAGAAGCCAGUGAUGCAUGAGAGCAUCCAGUGAAGAGCUGGUUGUGUCAGUUCCUUGAAGAUUGUGUUCAUGACAUGACCACUCCUAAAGUACAUCCAGGGAAGCCUAGAAAUAAUUGUAAUAAUGUAAUUAGAAUUGAGGUCUAUCAUCAUUUGCCCAAAUCUUUCUCCCAAUGUGGUGCAAGGUUUUCAUGCUAAACAGUGCUACUAGCCACACCAUAAAAUCUGUUGUUCAGUGACUUCGUAACUGUGAGGUACCCUUCUUUGAUGACUGGCCAGGAAAAUUCCCAUAUUUGAACUCUAUUGAGAGGCUCUGGGCUGAGAUAGAAAGAGAUCUACUGGGGAAAGUAUAUCAGCCCACUCCCAUGGUUUUAGGGCACCAUCCAUGUGUUGUAAGUUUUACCCCAUUAAUCUCUGAAGAAUGUGUGUUAAUCACUUCUUAAAUGGUUGAAGGCUGUCCUAAAGUGCAAGGAACGACUUAUUUUGCGGUCGUGAUUUUAGAAGGGGGCCAUUGGGUACUGUAAUGACAAACUAUAGAGAUGUCUUGGAUGUUUAGCAUACAUCUAAUGUAUGUCUUGGAUGAUUCACUUAAUAGAAUUUUGGGAAUGUGGAUGUAAUAAAAGUACAGGGUAAUUGCUGGGUAAAUUGUGAACUUUGUGUUUAAUUGCCAUUCAUCACUGCCCAGUCUCUGUUGUCAAGUUUGCAUCUAUUUUUCACAUAUCAUUAUAACUGCCUUAGCAUUUCCAGAGAUGCUCACUAUCAUCUUCAACUUGGACUAAAAUUUCAAAAUUUAGACAGGAUAUUAUAGGUAUGCAAAUAAAAAUUUAUGAUUUAAAAUAUGCAAAUAAAAAUUUAUGAUUUAAAAUAUGCAAAGAAAAAUUUAUGAUUUAAAAUAUGCAAUUAAAAAUUUAUGAUUUAAAAGUACCCAGAUUUAUUUAUGCUGAUUUUAUUUUUGGUGUUAUUGUAAGUACAUUUUUUAUUUGUGAAUAUUGAUUUGUAGCAGUACAUAGAAAGGAUUCAGUGUUUUAAUAUGUCUGAUUUACAAAUUAAAAAUCUUGCAUCAGGUAAUCUGUAGCCAGAUAAUAUAAUGUGUUCAUUUCUGUUUUCUGCAUAAUAUUGAUUUCUUGCAUUCAAAGGAAGUAACUAUGUAUAUUAUUUGCCCUAAAUACUUGAAUCUCCGUAUAUUUCCACACAUUGAAAUAGUGAACAUCUCUUACAAAUAUUUUUUCCAUUAUUUAACUGAAACAGUUGUCCACACAAUAUUUUCUUUGAUAUAUAUAGUAUCUCCAGGUGCUGCUUGUCAAAGAUCACACAUCAGCACUUAACUCAUUUGAUUAUGUAGUUACAGUGGACCCCCGCAUAGCGACUUUAAUCCGUGCAAGAGGGCUGAUUGUUAUGCGAAAUGUUUGGUAUGCGAAUGAAUUUUCCCCAUAAGAAAUAAUGGAAAUCAAAUUAAUCCGUGCAAGACACCCAAAAAUAUGAAAAAAAAAACAUUUUACCACAUGAAAUAUACAUUUUCCUACACACAAAGAGAAGGAUACAUGCACAAUAGUAGAGUAGUACAUGCACAAUAUAUAUUGUGCAUGUACUACUCUACUAAAUGAAGAAUAAAUGACACUUACCUUUAUUGAAGAUGCAGCAAUGACUGAUGAGACACUGUGUCCUGGGAGUGCCUUUUCCUCCUGAGUACUGUAGGUCCUGUUUGGCAUUUUCUUCCAGAACAGGCCUUAUCACACUGUGUAUGCCACUACGAUUCUUAAAUCUCUCAAACCAACCUUUGCUGGCUUUAAAUUCACCAAUAUGAGCACUAGUUCCAGGCAUUUUUCCCUGUUCACCUGGGUGUUAGUCGACUGGUGUGGGUUGCAUCCUGGGAGACAAGAUUAAGGACCCCAAUGGAAAUAAGUUAGACAGUCUUCGAUGACACUGACUUUUUUGGGUUAUCCUGGGUGGCAAAUCCUCUGGGGUUAAUUGUUUCUUGGUAUUCUCAAUAAGCCACACCAACAACGGUGCUACAGCAGCAGCAGCAGCUGACGGUGGUACAGCAGCAACAGACGAUGCUACAGCAGCAACAGACGAUGCUACAGCAGCAGCAGACGAUGCUACAGCAGCAACAGACGAUGCUACAGCAGCAGCAGACGAUGUUACAGCAGCAGCAGACGAUGCUACAGCAGCAGCAGACGAUGCUACAACAGCAGCAGACGAUGCUACAGCAGCAGCAGACGAUGCUACAGCAGCAGCAGACGAUGCUACAGCAGCAGCAGACGAUGCUACAGCAGCAGCAGAUGAUGCUACAGCAGCAGCAGACGAUGCUACAGCAGCAGCAGACGAUGCUACAGCAGCAGCAGCAGCUGACAGUGGUACAACAGCAGCAGCAGCUGACAGUGCAGCAGCAGCUGACAGUGCAGCAGCAGCUGACGGUGGUACAGCAGCAGCUGUACCACCAAUAGUAGCGAUGGUUGAUUGGGGUUUAUUAUACAACCUGGCCAGGAGACACGCACUCCACUUUCAUACUUAUCAAUGAUCUUUUUCUUCAUCUCUAUAGUAAUUCUCACCCUUAUUGCUGUAGGAUUGGCACUAGAAGCUUUCUUGGGGCUCAUGGUCACUUAUUUUCCAGAAAAAAUCACCAAAAAAACUGUAAUAAUACGAAAUGUUCCGAUUGUAUGCUUGGGUGUUACCGUGGAGGCUGGCUGGUAAACAAUGCCACCGGCGGAACAUGUGAGCGUGGCUCAGGCCACACAUUGGACGCGUCUCGGACGAAGGGCGGUGAGCGGGUUUUUGGGCGGUAUGCGAGGCAAAAUUUUUGCGAAAAAAGCGAGCGGUAUGCGGAUUGUACGGUAUGCGAUGCGUGCGGUAUGCGGGGGUCCACUGUAUUUUAAAACUAAAAUACUGCCAGUAGGACUGUGGUUAAUGAAAAAACAAUUUAUUCUGCACACAAGUUACAGAGUUUAAGAAAUAGUAAGGUGUAAAAAACUUAUGAAGAAAAUAGAAAAUUCAAAUUAUAAAGGAUUAUUUGGACUUGAAAAUGUGUGAUAAACUACAUGACCACUGGAAAAAAUAUGUAAGAAAAACAAAAAGCCAAAUUGCUUUGCCAAUGUUAAUGAUGGGUCUGGUGAUCUAUUGAAUACAAAAUACAGUAGUGCAUUUUUAUAUUUGUUAUUUUUAUCCCUCUGACUGAAAAGGUCUAGGGAAUGUAGUCAUGGUGCUGUUUUAUCUCAUUCUUUUGUCCAGGUGUGAUUUCAGUCAUUCCCUAUUUUAAGAAGUUUAAAAAAAUUAUUAUUGUUUUAUGGGAUGCAUACUAGAAUUUUAAUCCAAAAGGCCUGUAAGUAAACAGUAUUGUUAUAAUUAGGCUGUAUGGUAUUAACAUAAAAUCCUGUAUAUCAGACAAGUCAAACCUUUCCUUGAAAGUCAUAGGGGUAAAGAUUGUAAGAUUAACAAUUCCUAAAUAUUUCAUUGCCGCCUAAGGAGCCUGAUAAGAAGUUUACAAGGUCAACUUUUCGUAUUUCAAUGAGAACAUGUUUAAUAUAUGAUAUACAGUAUUUUUACUUGGUGAUAAAUAUUUUUCAUGUUAUUUAUAGGUAAAGGCUGUUAUCAGUCAUUAAGUGAUAGGAAAAAUUGUUUUGUGUUAUUCUAUUCUUGAUAGGAUUUUCUUUUUAAAUUAUGUUAUAUUUUAUCUGAACAUAUACUGUAUGUCUGAAGUAACUUGUAAAUUUAGUAUGUGUGUGUCUGUACACCCACUUUUUUUCAUCUCCAUGUUCAGCUUAUCUGUAAUGAAAUGUAAUAUCAUGUGUUGCAUGUACUGUGCUACACCACUGAUGUAGUCCUUGAUAUUUUGAUUACAAAAAUAUGGUCGGAUGGUACAUAAUUAAAAAUUUAAUCCCUAUCUUUGUGGUCUACAGUGAAAUAGUGGUCUAUAGUGAAACAGGCUUCAUGAAGAAGUCCUGUUCUACCUCAGGUUGGGAUUUCAUUGGCAAGUUUUUUAUUUCUUAAAUGUUGAUUUGAAAAUUAAUUAGAAUUAGAGUUUUUAUUUGAAGGCUCAUCUGCUAGAAGCCAGAAUCACUUAAAUUGUCUGAGAGGCAGUUUGUAAAUUAUUCAACAAUAUAUAUAUAUUUUUUUUGUUUACAUUUCUUAAGUGGGCUAUAAACUGUAAGUGAUAUGUAACUUAAAAAAGGGAAUAGCAAUGUUGAUGGACAUGCUUAUCUUGAAGAGAAAUUUGUUAUGCUGUGUAUGUAUUUGUAAUUUGUUUUAAGGAAAUGUUUGCUUAUAAAUUAUUAGAGAUUGCAGAAAUAGUAUUGCUGGCAUUUUUAGCAUACCAUUGGUUUUUCAGCAAUCUGUCUCAUUCCUAUUUUACAGUGUACAUUAUUUUAGGUUAGACAAUAUUAGGUUACAUUAGGUAAUGGAAAUGGGCACAUAUCUCUACAUUAGGUUAUGUUCAUUUAAAAAAUUAGCAGAUUUUAACAAAAAAUUCAAAAAAUACUUUGCAGGGAGGUACAUAUAGUAUAUUUAAUGUACUAUCAGCCUCAUAAACACUGACAAAAUGCUGUAUGGAACUAAUAUAAAAACCAAUGCUCUAUUUAUUAGAGAAAAUGUUUUUUCAGUGAUCUUUAAAUUGCUUUUACAGUGGAACCUCGGUUUUCAUGACUAAUCCGUUCUAAAAAAAUCUGACGAAAACCGAAUCAUACGAAAACUGAAGCAAUAUUUCCUGUAAAUAAUGUAAAUCCAAUUAAUAUGUUCCAGACACCCAAAAAUAUUAACAAAAUACAUUUAUAGAGAAUAACUAUAGUUAUACAUACAGAAAACAAUGAGAAAUAAAUAUAAAUGUUUAAUGAAAUGGAUAAAUGAACAUUUAACAUCACUUUUACCUUUCUUGAAGACUCUUGUUGGUGUAUGGAAGAUGGCAAGGAGGGGAGAGGGAGGAGGAGAGGUUAUUGUUUGGAAGGGAAUCCCCUUCCAUAAGGACUUCAGGUAUCAAGACCCUAUUCAGGAUUACUUCCCUUCUUUGUCUUUUACUGGUACUAGGACCAGCUUGAGAGUCACUGUACCCUGCCGCACAAAAAAUCUGUCCAGAGAGGUCUGUUUCUGGCGUCUCUUUAAGAUUUGCCUAAAAUGAGACAAGGCAUUGUCAUUGAACAUGUUGCAGACACAGCUUGCAACAGCUUUGUUAGGGUGAUAUUUAUCCACAAAACUUUGCAACUCACUCCACUUUUCACACAUGUCCUUAAGCACUGAAGAAGGUACAUUCUCUCCUCUCUUUUCUUCCUCCUCUGAAACAAUUUCCUCAGCUGUGGUCUGUUGCUGUUCCAGUUAAAGGCCUUGCAGUUCUUCAGUGGUCAGCUCUUUCUUGUGGUCAUCUACCAACCCUUCAACAUCCUGGCCACUCACAUCCAACCCCAUGGACUUCCCCUAAGACUCAAUAUUCUAUCGUGUUUCUCGCCUUUGCUAUCACAAGUCUGGCACUGGGAACUUUCUUUGGCCCCAUGGUGGCUUAUUUAGCAGUCGCACUCAAUAAACAAGCACAAAAACAAUGGAUUAUUACGAAAUGUUUCAGGUGAACGAGUGGGGUGAUGCUCACUCAACAAGAAACAAAGGCAGACUGAGUUACUCAGCACUUGAGUGGCCGAGUGACACGGACGUGUUUGGUAUAGACCAUUUUCAACUCUUCGAAAACCGAGCGGAUGUACAAAAACUGGGACAAAAUUUUGACGAAAAAAGUCAUCGAAAAACGAAUCCUAUGAAAACUGGGGCAUACUAAAACAGAGGUUCCACUGUAUAUACAUUUAUAUGAGAAUAGGUUGCCAUUUUAUAUGAAGUUGAAGCAUUCACUAGUUUGACUAAGAUCACUGAACAUUUUAGAUCUAGACCAUUUCUUGUGCUAUCUUAGUCAUAUGUUACUUUACCUGUGCUUAACUUAAAUUUAAUUUAUUUCAGCAUUCUGUCUAUUUUAGCAGAGGGGUUUAAUAUAAUUUACAUUCUUUGCCAAGAUAGUUGCUUCAUUCUGGAGAGUAACUCAGUAUUUUUUUCUUAACAUGUCGGAUGUCUCCCACCAAGGAAGGGUGGCCCUAAAAAGAAGGAAACACUUUCACCAUCAUUUAAUAUGUUUACCUUAUUUUGCACUCUAUACUUCAUACCAGAAAAUUGUUUGCUGGUGGAAAGAUUCUAGUUUGAUCUUGGGACAUGUUUCAUAUAUUGAAUAUUUUCAAUUUUCACUGGUUAUACCAUAUUAUCCAAUCAUCUCUGUAUUAGUUUUAUAUGUGUAAAGAAGAGUCUCACAGAUCAAAAUAUUUUUUUCUUAUUUUGUUAUGCUUUAAUGACAUUGUCAUAUGUAACAUUUUAACUUAUACAGAAUACCUCUUAGUUUUUAUUUGUAUCACUAACACAUGAAGUGCAUAUUUUAUACUAACUACAGUAGUCCAGUUAUCACCUAGCUAAAGAUGAAAAAAUAAUUGCUGUGGUCUCAGAUAAGCUUAUCAACAACUAAUUGGACCAUUUUUUAAACCCUAUACUGUCUGUGUUUCUUUUUUUACCUUCUAUAUCAUACUGUUUUAUUUAUUAUGUGUGUUCAGAUCACCUCAACACUACCUCAUUUCUUUUCAUUGUUUGUAUUAUUUUGACUUUUAUGACUUGCAUUUAUUUAGUAACAUGAAGUGUUUUCUACAAAUUAAAUAAAGUUCUUAGCAGCUUCAGUUUUCCAAGGGUUUUCACACAUCGGUAUAGCAAAAUAUAUAUUUUCAUUCUAAUUAUGUUUUACAAACAUGCAUACACAUGUAUAAGUCUAUUUUGUAUACUUCUACUACUACUAUUACUACUACUAUUACUAGUCCUAUUACUAGUACUAUUGCUACUACUGCUAUUACUACUGCUACUAAUAUUACUACUGCUGCUACUGUUGCUACUACCAUCACUACCACCACUACCACCACCACCAACACCACCACCACCACUACCACCACCUAUUACCACCACCACCCAUUACCACCACCACCCAUCAACACCACCCACCACUGCCACCACCACCACCCAUCACCAAUGCCCACUGCCACCACCACCCACCCACCCACCACUACCCACCCACCACCACCUCCACCACCCACAACCACCACCAGCCACCACCAUCACCUACCACCACAACUGCCACCCACCACCAUCACCCACCACCACAACUGCCACCCACCACCACCAUCACCCACCACCAACCACCACCAUCACCAUCACCCACCAUCACCCACCACCAUCACCCACCACCAUCACCCACCACCAUCACCCACCACCACCACUACCACCACCAACCACCACCAUCACCCACCACCACCACUACCACCACAAACCACCACCAUCACCCACCACCACAACUGCCACCCACCACCACCAACCACCACCAUCACCCACCACCACAACUGCCACCCACCACCACCAACCACCACCAUCACCCACCACCACAGCUGCCACCCACCACCACCAUCACCCACCACCUCCACCCACUGCCACAACUACCUCCCACCACCACCACCAACCACCACCCCACCACCACCCACCACCACCACCAUCACCCACCACCACAACUGCCACCCACCACCACCCACCACCUCCACCCACUGCCACAACUACCUCCCACCACCACUACCACCAGCCACCACCACCAACCACCACCACCAACCACAACUGCCACCCACCACCACCAUCACCCACCACCACCACCUCCACCCACUGCCACAACUACCUCCCACCACCACCACCCACCCACUGUCACCCGCCACUGCUACUACUACCACUACACCACCACUGCUACUACCAUUACCACUUACUAUUCUUUCAUACAAAGUCAUCUUACAUUUGCUGUCAUUUUAAAAGAAACAUUAAUGUUUACAUUGUAAUUUUGUUUUAGUUCAUCAUAACAUUCACAAUCAUAAGCCAUGUUCAUUUUGCAUUCCAUAGCCAUGUCUAUUCACUGUUCUCAGAAUUUUUAUAUUUUCUUCAGUAGAAUACAUAUUAAUUCAGCUUGUAUUUAGUGUAACAAACUUUACUCCAAGGCUCAAGUAAUAAUAUGACUUUACACAGAAUGUAUAUUUUUCUUAUCAAACUUUUAAAUUUCUGUGGUGGUGUUUUCACACAUAUUUGGUUGUCAGUCGUGAAGAUUUUACCUUUAUUGGUGUAACAUUAAACACAAACACAUUCACACAAUUUCUGUGCAACUAAGUGUGACUUCUCUCUAAGAAAGUUAGUGCUCGAGAGUUUUCAAAUUAAAAAGAAUCUUGUGUACGUAGGUUCAUAGAAAGAAUAUGAUACAUUGCUAUUUUUUAUUGCUUGUUUGAAGUUGUACUGAGGAGUAGCAGACUUCAGCAGUAGAGUUUUGUUCCAGGAGUUAGGUGUGUGCAAGACUCAGUUUGCCAGGUGUGUUUACUUUACCUUUAUGAUGGUAAUUGUAAAAAGUUAAAAAAUGUGUCUCUGAAAGUUAAAGUAAAUGAGAGUAUUGCACUGGUUUUCUUGUGUAGUGCUGCCUCUAAUUAAGUACAGUGGUACCUUGACUUACGAGUUUAAUUUGUUCUGUGACCCAGUUCAUAACUCAAUUUGCUCGUAUAUCAAAUAAAUUUUCCUCAUUGAAAUUAAUUGAAAUGCCAUUAAUCCAUUCCAGCUCCCAAAAAACCACCCAAAUUUUUUGGUUACAGGUUUUUAAAUAAGAAAAAUGUAUUUAUAAAUAAAUAUUGUAUACUCCACCCACCACCUUCACUGCUCCACCCACCACCAUCACUACUCCACCCACCACCAUUACUACUCCACCCAUAACUAUCAGUACUCCACCCACCACCAUCACUACUCCACCCACCACCAUCACUACUCCACCCACCACCAUCACUACUCCACCCAUAACUAUCAGUACUCCACCCACCACCAUCACUACUCCACCCACCUUAAUGUUUCUAGAAAAACUCUGAGUGCUGAAAUGGAGGUUAUCUCUUCCCCGGAUUUAUAUGAGAACCAAGCAAGGGACGAGGUGCCUCACUUCAAUUUGGGAUUAAUGUGGGAGUAUUAUCCUUUCAGUUAUGUCUUGGAAGUGCGUUUGGGAUGGGAUGAAGUACCUGACAUUCCUCUGGAUACAGAGUUGGAUUUGACUUCAGAUACGCCGCCAGCUGGUGGUGGCGUAUUCGAAGCUUUCUCGUAACUCGAAUUUUGGUUCAUAACUCAAAGCAAAAAAUCGACCAAGCGACAGCUCAUAAAUUGGAAAACUUGUAAGUUGGAGCACUCAUAAGUCAAGGUACCACUGUAUCUGAAAGAUAAUGAGGGUCAUACUGUAGUGGUAAAAACAGGGUUGCAUUGUACUUUUUUCUGUAUAUGUACCCACAGUAUGCCAACAUGCUUAGUCUUACAGGUUAGGUUAAUUUUAUAAAAAAACUCGAUAGUCACUACCACUCAAAAAUGUCUCUGCGUUUUACUGGGAGUCACAGGGAUGAAGGUCACUACAAAGAGAUCAAAGUCACAUUUAUUCCGAUUAGAUAUCUGCUUGACACUGCCAUUUUUUUUUUUAACUCUUGAUGAGCAAGUUUUACCAUUUAUCUCACUAUUGUUUUAUAGUUUAAGCAUUUGUGCAAUAAUACUUGGCAAUAUCUUGAUGCUGUUCAAAACUAAAGUUGAUUUCACAGGUGAGAAUUAUUGAGAGUUAUAUUCUUAGUGUUGAAGUUAAACAAAAUGGUGUCAUUGUCAGUCAUUAUAUAAUGUGAUUAUAGGUCACUAGUAAUAUUGUUGUGACCAAAAAAAUUAACACAUUUUUAAGAAGUUUUAUUACAGUGCAGCUAAUGAAAAUGAAGGAUUUUGCAAGUUACAUAAAAUAUGUAUCUUAAGGAAAUUAAAACAAAAUAAUGAUUAAUAAAUCUGUUGUUUAGCAUACCAGCACUUUUGAUGUUUAUUUUCAUAUGGAAUAAAAGGCUUGAAAGAUGUGUUAAAUAAGGAUAUAUUAAAGUAUACUAGAUUACAAUGACUAGCUCAUGCUACUAGGUAAGAGAGGAAAAUGAUAAAGUUCACUUAAUAAUGCAUUAGCUAGUCCUUAAUAUAACAGACUAAUGGGGGAUAAUGGGUAGUCAGUAAUGACAGUUGUGGUGGAUAUAGAGAAGUGUGUUUUACCAUGAUAGUAACAAUAACCAAUAAUUCUGAAAUCGACUAACAUUGUCCGUUGUUACUUAAUCAACUGACCUAGCAGACUUUGUUUUAUAUUUCCAAAGUCUGUUGUAUAGAGGUCCGUUAUAUUGAAGUUUUACUCUAAUAUUGUCAAGACACUAAAGGACGCCUUUGUUUAUACAAAGAACAAGCAUCUCUUAAAAUUGUUGAAUAAUUCAGUAGUGAUAAGUUGGUACAGGUAAAUAGUUGAGGGAGAUUCAGGUCACUAGAUUUUAAUUGGUGCAUUGCCAGGUUCUUUAAGUUGAUUGGCUGCCCAGUGAUGUAAACAUAGCAAUAUUAUUUACAGAUUGCAGUACAAGUGCUAAGUUUGAUUUAACUUAGGUACAAAGACACUUAAAGAACAAAUUUAUUAUAGACAGUAUUUAACUGGGAAGAGCUAGAACAAAUUUAUUAUAGACAGUAUUUAACUGGGAAGAGCUUUAUGAUACUUGAGUAAGCUCUUCCCAUAAUCAUACCAUCUAUAAUAGAGGGUAGCCCUUGUGGCUUAGCGCUUCUUUUUGAUUAUAAUAAUAAUAAUAAUAUAAUAGAGGGUGGCUCAGCACCAAGGGUGUUUCUAAUAUACUUAUUGGAAAUACUUGUCAUCCUACAACUUGAUACGAUUUCUUCGCCUUUUGUACAACACAUGCAAUCUCAGCUGCUUUUUCACACCUUAUAUCGUGGUGGUAAACAAAUAAUAUAGGUAGGGUCUAAUAAAUCAUCUGAUAAGCUUAGCUUGGUAUAUUCUGUCCUUGAGCAAGUAAAUGUGCACUCAUGCAUGCGUGUAUGUACAUACUCGCCUACUUGUGGUUACAGGGAUCAAUUCUCAGAUCCUGGUCCCACCUCUUAAGUUGCCAUGCUUCAGAUUCACUCCUUUAUUUCCUUGUGGGCCCAAUAGUAUUUGCUCUUAAAACUAUGUAUGGAACCUGCCUCUACCACUUCCUCACCAAGACUGUUCUACUUCCCAACCAUCAUGAGACUGAAGAAAUAUAUCCAGACAUCCCUGUACAUCAUUUGUCUUUAACUUUCAGCUGUAUCCCAGCAUUCCCAUUUCUUGCCUCUUAAAUAGCCUAUCCCUGUCUCUUUUAUCAGCUCCUAGAAUUUUUUUUUAUGAUUCCCCAGUUAUUUUGUCCACCAAUGUCAUUAGAUUCAUUUCCAUUAGCUUCUACUUGUAGCUCAUGCCCCUUAACUCAGGAACAAGCCUUGUUGCAUGCAUCUGCAAUUUCUCAAGCUUCUUAAUAUGCUUUUUCAUGUGCUGGUUCCAUACUGGUGAUGCAUAGUCCAAGAUGGGCCUAUGUGUUGUUGUAUAAAUGGCCCAAAAUGACUUUUUGGAUGAGAUUCCUGGUGGCUACUCUUGGAUUUUCUAGAAAAGCAUUGGCCACAGACGUUAUUUGGCUGAUAUGAGCCUCUAGCAAUAUUCUGGGCAUUAUGCUAAAUCCUAGAUCUUACUCUUUGAGUGAAGCCUACAGCCUCUGUUCCCUAAUCUAUACCUUAUCUCUUGUCUUGCUCCUUCCCUGAUCUUCAUGAUCUUGCCUUUACUGUGGUACUAUGAAUGAAUUCAUGCAACCACUUAUCUGACCACUCUUGCAAUUUGUCCAGAUCCCUUUGAAGUCUUUCCUUGUCCUCAUCUGUUUUUAUUCUUAUCAGUUUUACACCUUCAGCAAACAGCGAUAUGUUUGAAUCAGUUCCAUCUAGAAUCUCACUCACAAAUUAGAAACAGUACUGGUCCUAAUACCGACCCUUGCAGAACCCCACUAGUUACUCUUUCCCCAUUUUAACUUCUUUCCUCACAGUCAUUCUGUUCCUUCUCCUAAUUUAUGCUUUGUUCCUGCAUCUCAAGUUUUUGGCCCAGCCUCUUGUGGAGUACAGUAUCAAAUGCCUUUUUGCAGUCUAAGAAUAUCCAGUCCACUCAACUAACUAAUUUCUCUUUGCCCGUUUUUUUUUUCUUUCUCAUUUAUUCUUUUGUUGCACAUUUGUUAUCUUGUCAUAGAACUUCAACAAGUUAGUAAGACAAGAUUUGCCAUCCCUAAACUCAUGCUGGUUAUUGUUUACGAAACCACUUCUCUCCGUGUUACCACUCUCCCCCUGAUAAGUUUCUCCAUUACCUUUUGAGGUAUGCAUGUCACAGAAACUAGUUUGUAAGUUAACACCUUCUGUCUCCUUUCUUAAAUCUAGGGAAUAUAUUUGCUGUCUUCCAGAUCUCUGGUAACUGUUCCAUACCCAUUGACUUAUUGAAGAUCACCUAGUGGUUUAAAUAUUGCUUCUACACCCUCUUGCACAAUCCAUGAAGAUCCCUCCUCAGGUUGCAUUGCCUUCGAUGUAUCCAGGUCCAUUGAAAGUUUUUUUUUUUUUACCUCUUUCCCUGUUGUGUGGAUGGUAACUAGUACUUGUCAGUGCCCCCAGUUCCUCAGUCUCUCACUUAGAAGACCUCUCAAAUCAGUUAAACAUUUCAUAGACUUCCUUGUCAUUGUUCAUGAGCUGUCCUUCCUUCCUUAGUCAAAUUACCUAGUCCUUUACUGUCAUUGUUGUUCUGAUGCGGCUGUGAAGCAGUUUCAAUUCAGACUUGGCCUUUGCCAUUAUGUCAUUCUCAAACUGUCUCUCAGCCUUUCUCCUCACCCUAGCAUAUUCAUUUCUGGCCAGUCUGCUCACUUCUGUGCUUCUCUCUGUCUCUGUCUAGGUUGGGGUCCAUGUGCCAUGUAUCAGCCUCCGAGUGCGUAUGUAUGUAGCCUAUAAGCUAUGUAUGAGCAUCUUGAUGCUUAAAGGAAGUGUAGGCAUGUGUUCAUGUCCAUGGUUGUAGAUGAUCAGUACCAAGAUGUAAAAUAAUAGAACAAGGAUUGUAUUAGAUGCAGUCUGUGCACAGUUAACAUUAUUUCUGUGAAACAUUAGCUGUUGUUGUUAUUGCACAUCAUACAUAAUUAAGGUGUUUGUACAGUUAUAUUAGAUCCUUAAUUUGAAAAAAAAAAAAGUUUUUAAUUAUAAGAAUCAAUGUUUAAAAUGUUUUUCUCAAGUGUUUUUUUAUUACUGCAUCAAACCCUCAUUUUUAAGUUUAACAUUUGUAAGCUUAUGUUGUAAGUUAACACUGGUAGUAUGGUAUAUUUUAUUUGUAUGAUUGGUUGGGUUCAGAAGAUGCACAUGAGUUGAGUGGUCCCACAGAAUGUGAGUUAUACAAAUACAGUAUUUGAUACAUUUUCAUUGAUUAUAUACACAUGUAUUUCUAAUAUGAAAAAACUUUAAAUGUGUGAUGUGUAUUAAUUUAGAAAAAUGUUUCAAGGAAUACAUUUGUUUCUAAAAUAUAGUCACUUCCCUUCCCCUCCCCCCCCCCCCCUUUUUUUUUUUUUUACUUUUUUAAACUUAGCAGAUUUUAGAAACCUUACUAGUGGUUUGAUCUGUGAAUGCAAUAUCAUUAAUUUAUUCCUGUGGGACCCACCAAUUUUCAAGAUGCAGUAGCUCUGGAGAUAUAAUAAUGCUUGUGAACACAGUGACUUAAUGGUGUAAGUUCUAACAGUAAGCAGUGCCACAAGCCACUUGUUAUAGUCAGCAAUAGAGAAGUGCUAUAUGUGUGUGCUUGAGGUUAUUACUACAAGAUUGUUCUGUUUUGUGUGACUAUGAAGACAUUAUAAUGAUCAGUGAAAUAAAGAGAGCAGCUGCUGUUAUAC